UUUAAAACGUCAAUCGUUCUGGGGGGGUGGUCUAUAUUUUCUUCUCGGCGGGGUUGGUUUAAUUCAAUAAUAUUUUUUCUUGUGGGGAUCGUAAAAUUACAAGCUGUAAAUAUGAGUAUGGAAACAACCCCAUUCGGUAUCGACUGGGACACAGACGAACCGAUGCUGGUGACAAUAAAAACUAAUAAGGCAACCGAAAAUUACAGUCACACAGGUUUCGGUCAAAUUUACCAGGACACCAAAACUUAUUGCACUGGAUCUAAAUAUCAGGGCUACGUAAACGCUUUGGACUUUUGUGGAGAAGGGACGUACACUUUUGCAGAUAAUUCCAUUUAUAAGGGCUCCUUCGAAAAUGGUUUGUUUCACGGAAAAGGCGAGAUCACUUUUCCUAAUGGUAAAACUAUUCAAGCGCGUUUUUUCGAAGGAGAACUAGUUCCUAGUACUUGUUAUCUUUGGAAUCGUGGGAAAUUAAUCAAUCUUGAAAAUAUUAAUGUGUCACUUCUACGAGAUCGAAGGUUUAAUAUAGAAUUUGAAAAGAAAUUGCAACCCGUGGGUAAGGAAUACAAGACUUGGGACGAAGUUCCCAGAAAAUUGCCCAAAAAUUGCUAUCAGCUCGCCGACGGAUUAUAUAUUGCAGAUAAUAAUAUAAUAGUCAUUGACGGUGAUAAAGAGGGUGAAAUCAAAGCAACAAGGUUGCCGUCAGCCAAAGAAGAAAAGUGGAUAAAAGAGAACUGUAGGUUCUAUAAGUCGAGACCAGUGGGUUAUUAUCCAAAGGAUUACACAAAAUGGACUACGGGUAGAAAAUCUGAAAUGGAGGAAGAACGGAAGUCUAUCGAGCGUGAGCCAGAAAUACAAGAUCCCAGCUCAACGACUACAUUAGAGGAAACAACCAGUGAAAUUAUAACUGUUGAUGAAACUGUCAAAACUCACGAGUUGGAUGACAUCCUCACUCGUAUUAAUAAAAUGAUUGAAAGACCUUCCGACGACGUGGACAACACUCCUUCGACGCCGCUUUCUUUCAUAAGCGAUUGGGACUACUUUUCGGAUCAGAGGGACAAGCCCGUCUUACAAACGGAGAAGGAGGCUAAAACGGUUAUACACUAUUUAAAGGUUUUACAUAAAAACAUAAAAUUAAAUGAAUUGGGCGAAUGGUCACCCAACCCUCCUAUAUUUGAAGCAGAAACGGAGGAGGAGGUCGACAGUGAUGUUGACUAUGAACCAGAUACGUGAUGACUUCACCUGUUUCACAUGGGGUUGUGAAUAUUCAUUUAAUAAAAAAAAGUAUGAUAA